ACAGUCCCUUGUGAAAGCUUGUUCCUGAUUCACCCUCCUGCUUCAGCCCAGCCCUGGAAGUUUUCCUCUGCCAGGCAAAACCUUCAUGAGAGGAGAGCAAGGAUGAGAGUCUGUGCUCCUCUCACUGUUGUCUUGGCUCUGAGUCUGAGCAGUGACUGUACAGGGAUGCACUACAGAUCUGGGGCAGAAAGAGGCUCAAGGCAUGGGUUCCCUCGCUCACAAGUGUUUACAGAGGAUGGACAUUUAUGCAAAUUUCCUUUCCGGUUUGGUGGAAGGCUUUAUCACACGUGUUUAUCAAAUUUAUUUUCCAGAAAGAAAUGGUGUUCAACAACACAUAACUUUGACCGGGACAGGAGAUGGGGACACUGUGAUUUGCUUCCUGGAGACCACCUGCCCAGGGACCACCUGCUCAGGGACCACCUGCUCAGGGACCACCUGCCCAGGGACCAUCUGCCCAGGGGCCACCUGCUCAGGGACCACCUGCCCAGGGACCACCUGCUCAGGGACCAUCUGCCCUGGGGCCACCUGCCCAGAGAGCAUCUGCCCAGGGGCCGUCCCAGAGAGCACUCGCCCAGAGAGCACUCAGUGGCCUCUCCAGAUCACUGCGCAGACAACCCCUGCCAAAAUGGAGGGACCUGUUCUCUCACUCACAGCCACAGGAUGUACCACUGUACCUGUCCUGAGGAAUUCACAGGCGAGGACUGUCAGCUGAAGAAAUGUUUUGACAACAGCCUCUAUGAAUUCUUUGAUGUGGAAGUGAGCUGGUCAAGAGUCCAAGGAGGAGCAGUGGAGCAGUGCACGUGUGUGCAUGGCCAGAUGCAGUGUGAGCGCGUGGAACACGAGAGUUGUGUUCAUAAUCCUUGCAUGAAUGGUGGAGAGUGCAAGAUGGUUGUCUCUACUGGGAACAUAGUAUGUGAUUGCAAAGAAAAUUAUGCAGGAAAGUAUUGCAAUAUUGUCCCGAGCCAACGGUGCUACGUCGGCAAUGGCACGGAUUACAGAGGGACAGCCAACACAACCAUCUCUGGACACAGCUGCUUGCCUUGGAAUUCUGACCUGCUUUACCAAGAGCUUCAUGUUGACAGCAUUAGGAAAGCAGUGGAGCUUGGCGUGGGACCCUUCCCUUACUGCCGAAAUCCAGAUGAUGAUGAUAAGCCCUGGUGUUACAUCAUGAAGGACAGCAGUUUGUCUUGGGAGUAUUGUGACAUUCCAAGUUGUGCAAGCAGGGAAAGGAGGCCACUAGUUCCAGCCACAGUAGAUAGUUCUGCAAUCACCAAAAGACCAUGUGGAAGAAGACAUAAAAAAAGAAGUUUUGUGAGACCUAGGAUUAUUGGGGGAUCUUCAUCUCUGCCUGGAUCUCACCCCUGGACAGCAGCUAUAUAUAUUGGAGAGAGUUUCUGUGGUGGCAGCCUGGUUCAGACCUGCUGGGUUGUGUCUGCAGCACACUGCUUUGCUCACAGUCCACUAAAAUCCACCAUUCGAGUAGUUCUGGGUCAACAAAUAUUUAAUAAAACAACUGAUGUAACACAGACAUUUGAGAUAGAGAAAUACAUCUUGCAUCCUCAGUAUUCCGUGUUCAACCCUACUGACCAUGAUAUUGCUUUGAUUAAGCUGAAGAAGAACGGCCAACGUUGUGCUGUCAAGUCCCAGUUUGUUCAGCCCAUCUGCCUGCCAGAAAGUAACACUGUUUUCCCUGACCAGUUGAAAUGUCAGAUUUCUGGAUGGGGACACAAGCAUGAGAAUAUAUCUGGUUAUUCAGAUGUCCUGCAAGAAACACUGGUUCCACUUAUUUCGGAGGAGAAGUGCAGAAGUCCUGAAAUUUAUGGAACAGAACUCACAGAAAAUAUGUUCUGUGCUGGCUACUUUGAUAGCAAAUCUGAUGCUUGUCAGGGAGAUUCUGGUGGACCUCUGGCUUGUGAGGAAAAUGACAUCUCUUACCUCUAUGGAAUUAUCAGCUGGGGAGAUGGCUGCGGCAGAGUCAACAAACCUGGAGUAUACACAAGAGUGACAAACUAUGUCAAGUGGAUUAAUGAGAAAAUAGGCCCCCGAAAAACUAGCUGAAUGGUUAAAUAUACUAACUUUGAAGCAGGGUUCUGGAGUCUUCUGGUUUUAUUAAAAUGGCAUAUAUAAUUUAUUAUAAGCUGGUAUGAAAACUCUCGUGGUAAUUCUUAGCAGUUCCAAGCCAGGCCACCAAAAGCAGCCCUGCUCCAUCUGAUGUCAGCUGCCUUGAUCUAUCAUUCAAGAACUGUGGAUUGCUCAAUGCACAUGACUGCCUUUAUUUGUCUUAAAAAAAUCUCAAACAUAUUGACACGGCGCACAAAAAUCUGCAACCCUCUGUCAGCUUGGUGGAUUACCUAAAAAGGGAUUUGAUGUGUUCUGUAGUUUCUGGUGGAGCUGUCAUCCCCCAAACCAACCUGCAACAAUAUUGUCCUUGUAUUCUCAGUUGAAAUGAAAAAAUAAAUACGAGAAUCAAAAAUGAAAUUCCCUCUCCCUGAGAAAUGAUCGCUUGAAGCUCAGGGCAAGAGACAGCAAGAGAACAAUAGGUAGGUAAAGCUGCUCCUCAGCUAACUGCAACAACAAGUCUGGGGAAAGAAACCAGAGGGUUUAGGUUUUAU